AUGCGCCUAACCAGAGCCGCUCUUCGAGCGCAAGCUUCACAUGAAAGUCUCGUUAUCCACGAAGACGCAGAGGCAAAUCAAGAGCUCGCAGUCGACCAAGACGACAUUCCUCGCCCUGCGCUCAAAGACAUCACCGAAGAGAACAUCGUCGCACCAGAGCAAGUGACCGAAGAGACAUCUACCACUAUGAAGAAGGAUCGCAGCCGAAACAAGGGCAAGGGAAAGAAAGACACUGCAGAUGAGCCGGUCUUCCAGGAACAGACCACCUCUACGACUCAAUCUACCGUCGCACCCACCUCCGAGACCGUCGGUGAGACUGUCACAUUUCCAGGAGAACAAGAUACGGCGCAGGCUGCAGAAUCUGAAACAACUGACCCCGUGGUACCAUCCGUUUCAGAAACAGGCCUAGAUCCCGUUCUAGAAGAAAUGCAGACCCCCGAGAUUACCGAACCUUUGAUCCAGCCAUCUGGUCAAGACUCCGCGAGUACUAAACCGCCGAAAUUCGUCUCUGAAGUCUAUGAACCUGUACCUGCCACUAUGCACGCUGAGCACGACUCCUUCGUUGACUCAAUCAAGAGCAGGUCGCCCGGCAAGCUCAGCGCGGCAUCCUUCGAUCAUGAAGAAGACUCUUUCGUAGAGAAAAUACAUUCCCGAUCUCCAAGACCAGCUUCGCGCAUCGAAGACUCGGUUGAAGCUAUGGACGCUCUUGAAGAUGCCAUUGAACAAUUCUCUGGCGAACUACCCCUUCUCAACAACCUGCGCAUCGAAUCACCUAUGAAGGAACACAUCAGCACACCUGUGAAGUCUCUUCCUCCCACUACAAGCAAGGCAGCCAUAAACCCGACCAGCUCAAAGAAAGCGCCCAGCCCGUUGCGUAAGACUCCUAGCAAGUCGCCGUCGAGGAAGACUGGCCCACAAAAGACCGCAUUGUCGAAGCCGAAAGCUGCGCCAGUCAGGGCCGCGCAAACUGGGACCACUUCGCGCCCAGCGACCACCAUUAAGGCUGCUGUCAAGGCGCCAGUCGCGAAGCAGCCCAUCGUCAAGCCUCACCAUAAGCUCGUCUCGGCAGCUGCUAGCAGCACCUCAGAGAUGCCAAAGGCCACCAUGUCGUUCUCAAACUCACCAAUAAAGCCUCAGCCAAACGCACCGAAACAGAGAGUGACUAGUGAUUCGCUAUCAACCAGCAGACCUGGCUUCGUACCGGCAAAGUCGACCAAACCAACGACCAAGUCCACGUUCAGCCUUCCCGGCGAGGUCUAUGCAGCCAAAAUGAAGGCACAACGCGAAGAGAAGCUCAAACAGGCAGAAGAGGAGCAGGCGAAAAAGCAAUUCAAAGCACGCCCAGCUCCUUCCAUGACUGGUCGGCCCAGCGUUGUUCCUCGCGAAAACAAAGCUAGCCAGGCACGCCUAAGCCGAGUCAUUAGUGGUGGCAACAAGGAGAACAUUGAGCCUCUGAGUGGAGGAACAACUAAGAGACCAUCGUCCAUGCACCUUGACAUCAAGAAAGUGAGGUCCGAAGCCAACUCGGCGAUCCGGCGGAGCGCUAGCGUCACUUCCAAAGCUUCGAGCGGUGGUUCUCGGGAGCCGAAAUUUGCCGCGAACGUCCCUAGAGUGGCCUCGCUGACAUCCAAGCCUGCUCCACCUAAGGAAGAACCAGCUGUGCCAACAGUGGUUAAGAAGGUCAAUGGCAAGGAAGUGUUCUCUCGUGCAAAGCUUGAUCUGAAGAAGCAGGAAGAGGACAAGCGGGAGAAGGAGGAGGCUGCUCGGAAGGCACGCGCUGAGGCUGCAGAAAGAGGUAGACAAGCCAGCCGCGAAUGGGCUGAGAAGCAAAAGGCCAGAUUGACUGCUCAGAAGGCUGCAACCGCAGCUGUCUAG